UCCAUAUAAAGACCGGAGCAGUGCGCGGUGACAGAGAGGAGGACCAGUCAGUCAGAGUUGCACAGGACCUAGCCUCAGUGCUCGACAUGGACAUGCCCGCUAAACUCGUGUUCCCCAUCGUGGUGAUCUCCGUGCUGGUGGCUUGCAGUCCGACGGAGGCGUGGUACAAGCAGAUGGCCGGUCCGAGCUACUACUCAGUGGGCAGGGCGUCCGGCUUGCUGUCCGGAAUCCGGAGGUCACCGUACAUCAGGAGAGCCGAGCCGCAGCCGUCAGACGGCGAAGAGCUGGCGACUAACAACGUGUUUCCUGAGUUCACUGCGCAGAGUUACAUCCUGAAGACGAUGCCUGUUUGCAUCAAAGACAUCACACCAAACCUGCAGAGCUGUGAACUCUUCCAGGCAACGAAGGGUUCAUUUAAGUGCAAAGCGGACAUCUUCCUCACUCUGGACUCCGCAGACUGUGCAGCAGACUGAGCAGUGAAGCCGACAGCUGGGCUGGAUGAUGAAGCCUACUUCUUGAAAGUGUGCCAUUUUUAAUGACUGUACAUUUCUCAGACUUCAACCUCAAUGUUAAUGUUGCACUAGAUGGAAGAUAUGAUACUUUUCAUUACCAUUUCACCAGGUUAUUUAUUGAUUUUAAGAAAAAACGUGUCUUAAAUCUUUAAGCUGUAAAAGUAAUGUAUGACUGUACAUAUUUUAUGAGUUUUCAUUAAUAAAUUAAUCACAUUGCA